GGGAGGGCUGUUGCCCAGAAGGGAGGGAGGAGGGCUGAGCCGGGCGAGCCAGGGGGCGUGGGGGCUGGGACCGCAGGCCGACUGGCAGGGCGGGGCUGCGUUCAGUCCUGGCCGCUUCUCUUAAUCGUCCCUCUUCUGAUUCAGGGUGGCGAUUGUGUGCCCCACAGUGCAGGAGCGAAUCCCAGAAGAGAGGCAAGGCUGAGCCCAGAGCGCUGGGUUUGAGCAGGGAAGACUCCCUUCCCCCUGCUUCAGUCUGCUGAGCACUGAGCAGCGCUCAGAAUGGAAGCCAUCGCCAAAUAUGACUUCAAAGCUACUGCAGACGACGAGCUGAGCUUCAAAAGGGGGGACAUCCUCAAGGUUUUGAAUGAAGAAUGUGAUCAGAAUUGGUACAAGGCAGAGCUUAAUGGAAAAGACGGCUUCAUUCCUAAGAACUACAUAGAAAUGAAACCACAUCCGUGGUUUUUUGGCAAAAUCCCCAGAGCCAAGGCAGAAGAAAUGCUUAGCAAACAGCGGCAUGAUGGGGCCUUUCUUAUCCGAGAGAGUGAGAGUGCUCCUGGGGAUUUCUCUCUCUCCGUCAAGUUUGGAAAUGACGUGCAGCACUUCAAGGUGCUCCGAGACGGAGCUGGCAAGUACUUCCUCUGGGUGGUGAAGUUCAAUUCUUUGAACGAGCUGGUAGACUACCACAGGUCUACAUCAGUCUCCAGAAACCAGCAGAUAUUCCUGCGGGACAUAGAGCAGGUGCCACAGCAGCCGACGUACGUCCAGGCCCUCUUUGACUUUGACCCCCAGGAGGAUGGAGAGCUGGGCUUCCGUCGGGGAGACUUUAUCCACGUCAUGGAUAACUCAGACCCCAACUGGUGGAAAGGGGCUUGCCACGGGCAGACCGGCAUGUUUCCCCGCAACUACGUCACCCCAGUGAACCGGAACGUCUAAGAGUCAAGAAGAGAUUAUUUAAAGAAAGUGAAAAUUUUACAGCGCGUACAAAAGAAUUAAACCCACAAGCUGCCUCUAACAGCAGUCUGUGAGGAAGCUCAGAACACCUGGUGGGGUCACCCUGUGACCCUCUCACUUUGGUUGGAACUUGGGGGGCGGGAGGAGGUGUUGGAUAUAAAAAUGCCAAAACUUACCUAUAAAUUAAGAAAAGAGUUUUUAUUACAAACUUUCACCGCUGCUCCUCUUUCCCUCCUUUGCCUUUUUUCAUCCUUUAUCUCUUCUGUCCAUCAGUGCAUGACAUUUAAAGCCACGUAUAGUCCUAGCUGACGCCAAUAAUAAAAGACAAGAAACCAAGUGGGCUGUAUUUUCUCUAUGCAAAAUGUUUGUUUUAGUCGGAAGACUGAAAGAACAACUUUUUGUGUUCUUCAUAUAUACACACAAAAGGAGAGGGCAAGGCAGCCUGAAGCCUUUGCUGUUUCGCUUCUGCCAGAGGAGGGGGCGCAUAGGAGUCGGCCCCUCGGUGCAUUCUGUCCCUGUUGGAAGUGGGGGGUGUUGCCUGCCCCCGUGGCUUCCUGAGACAGUCAGACUGAAAACCUCCAUCUCCUCACUGUUUUCCCUCCCAAGUGGGAUUGUUGAGCAUGUUGUUUUUCAUAGUGCCUUUUUCCUUAUUUCAAAGGUUGCUUCUGAGUGGUGUUUUUCUUUUUAUUUGUUUUGUUUUGAAAUAAGUUAAUGACAGUCCAGAGCUUUUCAGCCAAUUUGUCUCCUACUCUGUGAAAAUACUUUUCCCUGGGGGAGGGGAACAGAGUAGAGCAAAGGAAACAAGCAGAAGUGGAGGGGGGGUGUUCUCCCCCCUGUGGUGAGCUCGAGCUCGGAGUUUCCAGGUUCAGCUCCAAGGCCUGUGAGCCUUCCAUUGUGAGGAAGCUGCCAAGGAUGGGUCACAGCCCUCCCACCCCAACUGGACCUGGCUUAAAGGGGUCAGAAGCCUUGUCUUCACCAUCCCUAUCUCUAGAGAGCCCCAGAUGCAAACCCCCAGAGCCAGCAAGGUGCCAAUGCAGGAGGAGAAAACGCUGUUUAAACCGCAGGUUUUACCAUCUUCCUACACUGGGGUAGAAAAAUGAGAGUGUUCGCUCUUUAUUUUUCUGGCUCUUAAAAUUAGGUCACGGCUUUCCUUGUGUGUCCCCUAAGCUGUCCAGCUGAGCAGGAGGGCUGCAGCAGACAGCGGCAGGAUUCCUGCCCUGGUCUCUGUUCACAGGGGCUGUGCUGACCGCGGCUUCCCUGACUCCACAAGUGAAAUGUCCCAGGAAGCAGGAGGAGUCAGGAGAAGACAAGACUGGAAAGACAGGAAGACUGAGGCUGCUGCAGCUCUCUCUGUCCACCUUUGUUCCCCUGUAGUGGGGUGCCUGUAAACUUCUCUCUUCCCAAUUCCCUUCCCACCACAAAAGUGAGGCCGCUUCCCUUUCCCUGGGAGUUGGUGACAGCCUGGGGCCUUCGGGUUCGAGACAGUUGGUGAGAAUCUCCCUUGGACUCUGAUUAUGGACUGGACUCGGCCCCGAGCGCUCGGCGGUGGCUCCUCUGGACUGAGCAUGUCUCGCCUUCCCUGCUCCCGUUCAUUCUGCUUCUCCUUUCCUCCAUGAUGAUGCAGGAAUCUGGCGCUCCACACCUGGACCAUUUGAUUGUUUUGUUUUGGAAUUGGUGUAUAUCAUGAAGCCUUGCUGAACUAAGUUUUGUGUGUAUAUAUUUAAAAAAAACAGUGUUUAAAUAAAAAGACCUAUGUACUUAAUCCUUUAACUCUGCGAAUAGCAUUUGGUAGGUAGUGAUUAACUGUGAAUAAUAAACAAACAAUGAAUUCUUCA